CCAGGCCAUGGAUGCAAGCUUCAGCGUUGUGACAUACUGCCGAAAGGUUGUAGGGCAAGAGGGUGUCUCCCCCAGACGGGCCGACCCUCCUGCGGCCUCCACGCAUGGACUAUAAUAGGAUGAACUCCUUCUUAGAGUACCCACUCUGUAACCGGGGACCCAGCGCCUACAGCGCCCACAGCGCCCACAGCGCCCACAGCGCCCCUACCUCCUUCCCCCCCAGCUCGGCUCCGGCUGUUGACAGCUACGCAGGGGAGACCCGCUAUGGCGGGGGACUGCCCAGCCCCGCGCUCCAGCAGAACUCAGGCUAUCCCCCCCAGCAGCCGCCUUCUGCGCUCGGGGUGCCCUUCCCCAGCUCGGCGACCUCGGGGUACGCCCCGGCCGCCUGCAGCCCCAGCUACGGGCCCUCUCAGUACUACCCUCUGGGCCAACCCGAAGGAGACGGAGGCUAUUACCAUCCUUCGAGUUACGGGGCCCAGCUAGGGGGCUUGUCGGACGGCUACGGAACCGGUGGAGCGGGCCCGGGGCCGUACCCUCCCCCGCAGCCCCCUUUUGGGAGCGAGCAGACGGCGAGCUUUGCAUCGGCCUAUGCUGAUCUCCUCUCCGAGGACAAGGAAUCGCCCUGCCCGUCAGAACCCAGCACCCCCACAGCCCGGACCUUCGACUGGAUGAAGGUUAAGAGGAACCCACCCAAGACAGCGAAGGUGUCUGAGCUGGGCCUUGGCGCGCCCGGCGGCCUCCGCACCAACUUCACCACGCGGCAGCUGACCGAGCUGGAGAAGGAGUUCCAUUUCAACAAGUACCUGAGCCGGGCCCGGAGGGUGGAGAUCGCCGCCACCCUAGAGCUCAACGAGACGCAGGUCAAGAUUUGGUUCCAGAACCGGCGCAUGAAGCAGAAGAAGCGCGAGCGGGAGGGAGGCCGGGUGCCCCCAGCCCCUCCGGGUUGUCCCAAGGAGGCGGCUGGAGACGCCUCCGACCAGUCGACGUGCACCUCCCCGGAGGCCUCGCCCAGCUCUAUCACCUCCUGAAUGAAACCUUCCGACCGUCGGGGCUCCUCCGCUCUGGAGCGCCUCAGUCCAGCCCCUCUCCUCCGCUCUCCCUAAGCCAGGCCUCGACUUCAUCGUUCCAGCCACCCGUCACCAAGGCCGGGCGCUCGUUUACAGCUGCUUUUGGGGAGACUGGGGAAACGCUUUUCUCUGGUCCGGGCGGGGUGUUGAUGGCUGGGGACCCUACAGGACCAGAGGCAUGGGAGACACGGAACGUGUCAACUGUGGAGGGAAGGGCUUCCUUCCGCCUUUCAUCUGGGGACCAGCACGUGGGUGGGGUAGAAGCCAGCCACACCCUCCUGAAUUCUCCCUUCUUUCCAACUUCCGUGUGUUCAGUUAGUGCCUUUGAGUCUCAAGGACUCUUCCGGAGCCCUCGGUUCCUAACUCUCCCUUCUAGGCCGGGACAGAGGGAAGGCCUUGAAGUUUCUCCUGAGGGAGGUUUUUGGGUGCAGGCCUGUUACCGAUGCUUAAUCUCUCCAGUCACCACAGACCUUACAACAGCACCAGCUGCCUUGUGACAGACCAAAAAAACUGCCCCCCAACCUUAUUAACCCCCUCCUGGCACAUUUGUAUUGCACUAACUCAGCCUCCAGAAGUUGUUUUCUGAGACCUGCCUCCUUCCACCGGCGACCUCAUCUCUAAGCCACCAAAGUGUUUUGGAACUUGGUACUCCGGAGACUUCUGGAACGUUGUUGGAGGCCUGCCCCCAGCAAGCCUCUACCAGGAAGGCGCAGGCACGCCCCCACUAGUUCCUCCCCUAUUUAUUGCCUCCUGGAAAACCCAGGACCCUCCUCCCCAUCCACCUCUACCCCUGGGGCAGCCUAGGGAGGCCCAGGUGCAGUGAGAGCUCCCAAAAGCAGCAAGCAUUUCUCUGAACCUUAGAAACAGUGGAGGUGCCACGGGAGUUUCUGGAAACCUGAGCCCCAAGCGAGCCGGGUUCUCUCUGUACCUCCAGCUACCUCAUUUCAAUAAAGUCUGUGUUUUUCCCUC